AUGGCAGCACCCAGCUUUUUGAAGUCUAUUUUGGCCAAUUGGAAGCUGAUUUUCACAUUGGUCUAUCCCAUCUUACUAUGCCCAGUUUUAGUCCAAUAUCCAGGAGCCGAAGGAAAGGGUGCUUACACCCUCCUCUUGAUGGCUGGAUACUGGAUAACCGAGUGCAUUUCUAUUUACAUUACUGCUAUGCUGCCUCUUCUCAUGGGUCCAUUAAUGGGUAUUAUGGCUUCUAAGUCCAUUUGUUCUGCCUACAUGAAGGACGCAAUUAUGCUGUUCAUUCAUGGUGCUUUCUUGGCCGUUGCCGCUGAACACAGAAAUAUUCACCGUCGUAUUGGUAACGCUGUUAUAAGAAUCAUGGGUGGUGACCCCAGACUUCUUCUCUUGGGUCUUAUGCUUCCAACCUGGUUCUUGUCUAUGUGGAUGAGCAACGCCGCCGCAACAAUCAUGAUGUUGACCAUCGUCGACGCACUUCUCGGCAAAUUGGAAUCUCUCAAACCCAAUGCGGAGGAAGGGAUUGCUCUUCGUAGUGAUGAGGAAUGGAAUACUGGUGAUAGCAAUGAGAGCGUAACCACAAAGUCUCCUGCUGAUACUGACGAUCUUGAUAAACUCGCCUGUGCUUUCUCUCUUGGUGUUGCUUAUGCUUCCAGUUGCGGUGGUAUGGGAACUGUCAUUGGUACUCCCACUAAUGUCGUUCUUUUCGGUCUCGUUGCAUCUCGCUACGGCAGCGACACUGGUCUGAAUUUCGGAUCAUGGGCUGCCUAUGGUGCCCCUCUUUCUCUUAUCAUGGUUAUCGUCACCUGGAUUGUUCUCGGAAUGUUUUUCAUCGGCCCAAAGAGGUUCUUCCAAUGCCGCGGCAGCGAUAAGGCCCGUGAGGCUGCUAUAAGACAAAUUUUGGAGGAAGAGAAGAAAACUUUAGGACCUGUUUCCUGGGCAGAAGGUUCUGCUAUGGGCAUCCUUCUUAUGGUCAUUGUUCUCUGGGUUACUCGUAAACCUGGUGUUGACGGGUGGUCUGUUAUCACCGUUUCCAAGGUUGAAAAUAACAAGACAAUUCAAUUCGUUACUGACUCCCAACCAGCUGUUCUCGGUACCAUUCUUCUCUGUGUAUGGCCCGCUAUCAACCCAUUCCGCAGAAGGCGUUCUGAUGAAUCCUCAGCCAACAGUUUGGAGACCGUUCUUCCAUGGAAAAUUGCUUCUUCUAAGUGCCCAUGGACUGUGCUUUUCUUGAUUGGUGGUGGCUUUGCUCUUUCAGAUAUUUGCAGCGAAUCUGGUCUCUCAAGGGCCGUCAGCACGUACAUGUUGGGUCUUAAAUCCCUCCCAGUUUUUGCUCUCAUUCUUGUGUUCUCCCUCCUUUCAAUGAUUAUGACAACAUUUGUCGCCAACGCUGCUACGGCCAAUGUCCUUCUUCCAAUUAUGUUCGAACUCUCAGAGAAACUCAAUAUUCAUCCAUACUAUCUCGGUCUCCCAGUUACAAUUGCCGCUUCUAUGGCCUUCAUGUUACCUGCUGGUACUCCUGCUAACGCCAUUGUCUACAGCAAAGGUCGUAUUAAGAUCAACCAGAUGAUGCUUGCCGGUGCUUUGGUUGCCAUUGCUGGUGUUAUCAUUGUGACUCUCAGCACUGUUUCUUAUGCAGUUCCCAUCUUCGGUCUCAACCAAUUCCCAGAUUGGGCUCAAUUAAAUAAUGCCACAACUCCGAAAACCCAGGUCUUUAACGCCACUACGGCCCCCACAUUCUAA